UCGAUUUUCAAUAAAUAUCUAAUAAGAACGAAAGUCCUUGUUCUAAAUAUUGGCUGUUAAUAUUUUCAAUUUUAUAUAAAUUUAAAGUAUAUUACAAUUUUAAUAACAAUCAAUAGAACAAAUUUAAAGUAUAUUUUUAGAUACAUUGGAGAAAUAAAAUUAAUGGAAUUUUAACUAACCAAUCAUGUAUGAAUGUAUAAAGAUGCUCAUUUCUCGAGGAGAUGAAGAAUCACUUGAGUGCUUGUGUAAAUUGCUGAAAACGAUUGGUAAAGAAUUAGAUGAUCCAAAUGUUGAAGGUUCAAAAGAAAGUAUGGAAGGUUAUUUCACACAAAUGCAAGAGAUAGUAGACAAAAGUUUAACUGGUUCUAGGGUCAGGUUCAUGUUGCAGGAUGUUAUAGAUUUAAAAAAGAAUGAAUGGAUUCCUAGAAGAGACGAAAACAAUCCUAAAACCACUGAUCAAAUUCACAAGGAAGCUGAAUGUGAAGCACCUGGGCAACAACAGAAUUUAGAGAACAUGUCGUUCCGAAAAAAAGUAAAAAGUUAAUUGACCUUUAAUUUCUAUUUUUUUAUGUGUUUAAAUAAAUGUUGCAAAAUUUUAGGCAU